AUGAGGUGGUGGUGCAGGGCCCUGGCCUUUCUCCCAUGGGUGCUUGUGGCUCUGGACGCGCAGCUCAUCUGCUGGCAGGCGUUGUUGCGGUGCCAUGAAGAGCCUGAGUGUGAGCUCGCCUACAGUCAGUACUUAACAGCGUGUGAUGGAAACCUUCAAGGGACGAGGCAGCAGUGUCCCAGCCACUGCAUCAGCGCCCUCAUCAGACUGAACCACACGCGCAGCGGGCCGGAGCUGGAGAGGUGCGACUGCGCCCAGGACGCAGCGUGUCUCAAAGACAAGAGGGCGAUAGAGCCGUGCCUUCCGCGCAGACACCCAGGUGACGCAGGGGGCAUCGGAUGCAUGGAAGCCCGACAGCGCUGCGAAGAGGACAGCAGCUGCCACACCUCCCUCACGGCCUACUUGUCAUAUUGCGGCCAGCUGUUUAAUGGCAGGAAGUGCUCCUCCAAAUGUAAAGCCACCAUUCAGCAGAUGCUCUUCAUCCCAAACGGCAAACUGCUAAACCGCUGUGUUUGUGAUGGGGUGGAGAGGCCCUUCUGUGAAGUGGUCAAGGAGAACAUGAGCAAGCUCUGCUCUUUAGGAGACCACAGUGUCACAUCAGAGCAGUCUGAGGUUGAGGACCUCUACGAGGACGAGGACUAUGACCAGAGGAGCGACAAAGAGGACGUGUACCUGGACUACUCCUCUGCUGCUCACACCAUGCCCACCUGUGUGAUCCUCCUCUUUCCUUGUUUACUAUGGAUUUAUUAA